CUGUGUUCUUCUUGAGCCUUUGAAGAACCAAAUGUGUGGCAAAUCUCCCCACCCCUCAGUCCUCACUGCCUUUUUUUUUCCCCAACCAAUUUCGAUGUUAAUUCCUCAUCAUUGUUUGCAGGGACCUCUGCUGAGAGCAGUUACGGAGGCUAAUUUUUCCAUCUGUCCUGCUUGGGCCGAUGACUGGGAAAAGCGUGGCUGCUGUUACCUCCUUUAGGGCACUGAUCAGCCGAGCGUUAAGCUUUUAAUUGAGGUGUAAGUGUAUCGGCUCAAGGGGGAGGCAGUGGCCGGCAGUGUAGUGGGGGCUGGCCCAGCAGUUGCAUGGCAUACGGUUUCAAGAGAAGCCAAAAACAGAGAGGAAAAGGGAGAGCUCUUUUGCGUGUAGUGGUGUGUUUUGGCAAAGGCAAAGAAGUGGAGAGGCGCCAGCUCCAUCGCAAUGCUUCUAGGUGAGUGCCGGGCAACUUUCUUUCUCUGCCUCCUGCUUCCCUGCACCUUGGAUUGAACACUAUAUGCUUCUUUCUCUCCCCCUUUUCCUUACCAAUGGAUGAGGAGCAGCAAGCAUCACUUUUAUGUAGCCUUUCCCCUUCUCCUGUUUAUUUGAGUGUCUGAUGUUGAGGCUUCAGCAGUGCAAGGAAGCAUAGGCGUCAUCACCACUAUGCCACUUUGCCAAAGGAGUGACUGAAUCGAUGGUGUUUUGUGCUGGCAAAAUCACACGGAGUGUUCUUCCUGAAGAGUCUGUACAGUUCGCAUCCUGUAGACAGAGGGUGAAAUCAAAAAGGGUUUUUUUUCCCAGCCACCUGCAGAGAGAAAGAGGAAGCAAAAGCCUUUCUGUAAUUCCCGAAACCAGGAUGCUGGAUGUAGUUAAAAUCUGCGGCUAAGUGCCUUUCCCAGCUGCGAAGCAUCCCGGGCAGACCUGAAAAGUGCUUCAGCUGUCAUUAGCAAGGUGUAGCAUCUUUUCCUGAACUGUUUGGCAAAGUCUAGGGAUUGUUUAUUCCUCGAUCCCUCUACCCCACAACCCCUAACUGGUAUGUAAUUUGUGCAGUCGCGUUUUACACAUUUGAGGGCAAACCCAAGUUGACUUUUCGGCUGGAUGAAGCUGUCUCACAUCAGUUUCGUGAAGGUUCCAGCAUCGCUUUCGAUGGCAGAUUGCCAGAGCCUUUAAAAACCUUCCAUCAAGGCAUUGAUUCCAGGGUGAAAUGACGUUUAAUCCAAGUGCAGGCCCAGCUAGUCACAGCAGCUCCCUCUUAACAUCACUUCCAAUCCCAGGACGGUCUCUCCAUUCCCCGUUGGACAUCAAGCAUUUCCUGACCUUCCGCCUCAAUGGGACACCCCCGCUCAACCUUUUCCCCAACUUUAACGCGAUGGAUCCUGUACAGAAAGCAGUGAUCAACCAUACCUUUGGUGUACCCAACCCACUCAAGAAGAAGCAGUUCAUCUCUUGUAAUAUUUGCCAUCUAAGAUUCAACUCUGCGAAUCAAGCUGAAGCACAUUAUAGAGGCCACAAACAUGCCCGGAGACUCAAAGCCAUUGAAGCAGCAAAGAAUAAGCACAAGACGGCUGACAAUAACAGCAGCCAAGAAAAACCAGCUGACUUUGAUACCGCACUACAUCUCAACGGAGACACCAGCAGCAGCAAUGGAGCACAACCUAACGGCCUACUCAGCUUGAACCAGCCAACAGCAGACAACUGCAGCCUCAUGAUGACAUCCCCAACAGAGGAGUCAUCUGCCAAGCUAGCAAGUGGCAUUUUGCCCCUCGCCUCCCCACCAGCUUCAGAGCCCUCGGAAGGAGCUCCGGACACUGCAAGUUUGGCAUCAUCUUCUGCAGCUGCUGGAGCUGAGACUCCGGCUACUGAAUCAAGCCAGACCACCAGCUCAGCACCAGAAAUGGAGAAGGAGGGAAAGAAAAGUAAGCAGCACCUGUACUGUCCAACUUGCAAAGUGACAGUCAACUCUGCCUCUCAGCUGGAGGCCCAUAAUUCUGGAGCAAAGCACAAAUCAAUGUUGGAAGGUCAGGCCAUUUUGCCAAGGCGAAGUAGGGGAAAGGUCCUCUCUCGUGUGGGGCACAAGCCCAAACGGAUUGGCAGCAAAGGCAGCCUUGGCAUCCAAAACAAGGCCUUCCAAUGUCAGGUGUGCGAGAUCUAUGUCAACUCAGAAACCCAGCUCAAUCAGCACAUGAGCAGCAGGCGGCACAAGGAUAGGCUUGCAGGAAAGCCUCCCAAGCCCAAAUACAGUCCCUAUAGCAAAAUGCAGAAGAAUACGGCCCUGGCAGUGAGUAUUCUCAAGUCCAAACUGGCCCUCCAGAAGCACCUUACGAAGACCUUGGCCGCACGAUUCCUGCCAAGUCCCCUUACCCCCGCUACCAUGUGUGCUCUCCCCAGCCCACUGACACUUCGACCAGCUGCCACGACCCUCUUCCAAGCUCCCAUCUUUGGACCAGCGCUUUUCCGAACGCCACCAGGCCCAGUGCGAGCAGCAACAGGCCCCAUCGUCUUUGCUCCCUACUAGAGAACUUCAGCACCAGUUACUUCACCAGUAUGGUGAAAAACAAGGGAAGGGGAUACAUGGGAAUUUGGGGAGGGAGGGGUGUCUUACCAGGGCUGUGUUUGGACUGAGCAAACAUGAAUCAGAAUAUUUCAACUGUUUUAAUGAGCCAUCGUUUUGUUUCUGCCUGCUAUUGCCUGAUUUAUUAACUGGAAAAUACUUGGUUGAAAAACAUCCCCACCCCAUUCCUAAUUAGAUUCCUGUUAAUGCUCAACAAUACCACAAUGCACCCAGCUUCCUGGUGUUUCUCAGAUAUCUAGCAGCACAAUCCCUUUUAUUCAAAUGCUGUGGCAGGACAAGAAAUGUCCAGGACUUGGAGGUACAGUACAGUGGGCCCUUGGAACCCCCAACCUCAUUGAUACCAAAAUCCAUUGAUGUUCAAGUAUCAUUGUAUACAAUGUUAUAGUGGAAUAAUGUUCCUUAUAUACAGGGUAGAUAUGGCCCAGAAGUCAGAUGAGUUUCAGUAAAUGGGAAUUUAUGGGUGGACAACUAAAGGAUAAGCAGAUGUGUGUCAGUCAGAUCUGGAUCGGAUCAGCAAAGGAAUCACAACCUUUCCCCUUAUGCCUUGGCUGUGAUUCAGCUCAUCCACAUCCUACACGCAAAUGGCUACUUUUUAAAUAAAGAAAGAAUAAAGUGGACACCUCAUCAUGUCCACUUGACCAUAGAACUUGCCAAAAGUGAUGCCAUUCAAGAUAGAAUUUUCUAUUUUUAUAGAGAGAUGCUAAGAUAUGUUUAGUGAAGAAACUGAGAUAGUUCUUCAAGAGGAUUAAAAGUAUGGGGGACUUAAUGGCAAUAUGUGUAUUUCUCA